GGCCACAUUGAAUGAUGCACACUUGAAUAGAUUUUCACGUGUUGAGGAAAACUGAGUGAAGAAAAAUGAAGAAAAAUAAAACAAAGGGGAUGAAAACAGGGUUUAAAGCCAAACCUGGAGUCAAAAGGAGAGAAUAUAAACGUGUUGUCGUGUUCGACGACAAGGAGCGCCAAGAUUUUCUCACCGGAUUCCACAAAAGGAAGAUGGAAAGGAGGAAGACGGCGAUAGAGGAGAUGAAGAACAAACUGAAGGAGGAGCAGAAAAUAGUUCGAGAAGAGAGACACAAAGAAUAUCUGAGAAUGCUGAAGGAGAGGAGAGAGGCUUUAGAGGAGGCUGAUGAACUAGAGGACGCAAUCAAAGCUACCACCGAGAGUGUGCAGUAUGAUCACCCGAAUCACACAGUUACCGUGACAACCAUCAGUGACCUCGACCUGACCGGUACUCGGUUACUGGAGCCUUUGACUUCUCAGGAAGAGAGUGAUGAUGGAAAAAAAUGUGAUGAAGAGGAGAAAGUAGCAGCAUUACCGAAAAAACCUGGAAAUCCCUUGCUUUCUAAAAAAAUUAAGUCCAUUUCAUCCUCGCUCCAAGCUUUCACUAAACAGAAGAAGAAGAGGAGGAAAGGUAAACAGGAUGUCAGGGGGUCGAGACAUCAGGUCGAGAGGAAUUCAUUGAAUGUCAUGGGCAACAAGCGCCGACUGGGGCGAUCUACGAAGAAGCAGCGGCGCAGACGCACAGGCAGGAAGGGGCAGAGUCAGGACUGAAGGGUUUAAAGCUGUACAAGAGGAUGAAUAAUUACAGAUGGAUGUGUUCGAGACAAUGGCACUUUAAAGGCAUUUGAGGUGGAAUUUGUUGUGGUGAAGUUUGAGCCUCCACUACAGCAGGGGGUACUCUUUAUAUUUUUCCACUUAAGUGAGUAAAACUGCAGAUUGUAAUGGAGGCGUAAUGAAGAAGCCCACCCACUCCUGUGUAACACAUUGUUGUGUUUCAGCGUUUACAAAGAAGCUGCCUGUGUUCUCAGAAAAAUGGACCAACCUCCCCAGCCCAGACGACACUGUUGAAUGCAUUUGGGAUUAAUAGCAGAAAAUAUUUCUAUGACUAAACUUUGGAGAUGUGGAAAAACAUCCCUGCAGAUUUGUUUGAAAAACUGAAACUAAGUCAUCUGAAUGGAAAGAAUGGAAGCUGUAAUAAAGGCAAAUGGUAGACACACUGAACAAUGAAAUUUUGCUAUUAAAUUCACUUGUUGAGG